AUGGCGUCGCGCACCCGCCUGGUUGCCUCCGCGGCUUCAGGCUUGAUACGAACCACACGGACGACCCUACUGCCACGAACAGCAGCUCCUCUCGCCCUCCGCACCUUCACUCAAACGCACUCGCCCGCCGCACAAAACGCCACGGGAAACCCUCUCUCUUCCUUCAUCGCCGCGAACUCGCCACCCACGUAUUUCUCUUCCUCGCGGAGCCUCCCCGCCAACACAAUUAUCCGGUUUGUGCCGCAGCAGACAGCAUGGAUCGUCGAGCGCAUGGGCAAGUUCCACCGCAUACUGCAGCCUGGUCUGGCCGUGCUGCUUCCGAUUAUCGACCGAAUCGCAUAUGUGAAGAGCUUGAAGGAGAACGCGAUUGAGAUUCCGAGUCAGAGCGCGAUUACAGCGGACAACGUCACGUUGGAGCUGGAUGGUGUGUUGUAUACCAGGGUUUUUGAUGCGUACAAGGCGAGUUACGGCGUAGAAGACGCCGAAUACGCCAUCUCACAGCUCGCUCAAACGACCAUGCGCAGCGAGAUCGGUCAACUCAGCCUUGACCACGUAUUGAAGGAGCGCGCCAACCUCAACGCAAAUAUCACCGCCGCCAUAAACGAGGCAGCCCAAGACUGGGGCGUCACCUGCCUGCGCUACGAGAUCCGCGACAUCCACGCGCCCGAGCCUGUCGUCGAAGCCAUGCACCGCCAAGUGACUGCGGAACGCUCCAAGCGCGCCGAGAUCCUCGAGUCGGAAGGUCAGAGGCAGUCGGCUAUCAACAUCGCAGAGGGAAAGAAACAGUCCGUCAUUUUGGCUUCCGAGGCUCUGCGGGCUGAGCAGAUCAAUUUGGCAAGCGGUGAAGCCGAGGCUAUUUUGCUGAAGCAACAAGCCACGGCUCGAGGUAUCGAUGCCGUUGCGCAGUCGAUCGCCCAAGGCAAGGAUGCUGCCCAAGGUGCCGUUUCGUUGUCUGUGGCGGAGAAGUACGUUGAUGCCUUUGCGAACCUGGCCAAAGAAGGCACCAGCGUUAUUGUGCCUGGAAACGUUGGCGACAUCGGUGGCAUGAUUGCUAGUGCCAUGGCAGUCUACGGCAAGGUCAACGACUCGAAUGCGAAGGGCGUGGCGGCAAAGAUGGUCCAGGGAGGUGAGGACACCGCUGCGGGCAGGAAGAUUGCGGAACUCGAGGCCCAGCUCGAAGAGGUAGAAAAUGGCACCGGGCAUGUUCAGAAUGCCAUUAACGCAGCCAUGGACCAGCGGUUGAACAAGAAAUAG